AUGAGAAACACAUUCCUCUUCCUGUCCACUUUCAGAGGACGUAUGUAUGCCACACUUGGUCCAAACUGCACCACAGGGGCAGUUUCCAGCUAUGAAUGCAGUUCUCUGACAAGUAUAACCAUUGAAGGACCCCUGCGAAGAAAAACACUGCUGAAGGAGGGGAAAAAACCCACUCUCUCAUCCUGGAAGCGCUACUGGAUUGUCCUGUCUGGCUCCAUUCUCAUCUAUUUUGGUUCUAAAGCUCUAAGAGCAAAUGAGCGAAGACAUUAUAAAUCCAGGCCAUGUAAAAAGAUCACGCUCACAGGUUGGAUGGUGGUUCUUCCAGAAAACCCUGAACAUCCAAACAUUUUCCAGCUCACUGAUCCUGAAAGAGGUAAUGUUUACAAGUUACAGACUGGAUCACGUUUCAGUGCCAUUAUCUGGCACAGACAUUUAGCCGAGGCGUGCAGGAGUACAAGACCACAGAUACCAGCGAACCUCAUGUCCUUUGAAUAGCUGCUUUUUGGGAAUUGGAAUACAGAUGAAGGCAAUACACUUAAUGGAGAGCGACAUUGCAGAAGAGUUUAUGCGAGGAGCCAGCAUGUUGGACCUAAAAUAGUGUCAUAAAUGUGGCAGCUCUAUCUGUUGAAACAGUCCAAAAAUAUUUCAGAUAUUGUAGAUACAGCUGCACUGAGAGAGGAUGGUUUUGUGUCUUCAGUUUAGUGAUAAUACUUUACAAUAAGGCUCAAUUUGUUAACAUGAGAAAAGGAAUAGUUCACUCAAGAAUGAAAUAUGUACACCCUUAGGCCAGUCUAAGAUUUACAGUAGAUAAGUUUGGUUCUUUAGAACAGAUUUGGAAAAAUUAGCAUCACAUCACUUUUUCAGCAAUGCAUUCUCUGUAAUGAAUGGGUGCUGCUUCUGGCCAAAAUACCAGUUUAUAAUCCAUAAUAACACUCCCUUCAGUGAAAAUGUCCUUCCCAUGUUUAGAAAUGUAAACAGCGCUUGAUCUAAGCAUAGUUCUAUUCUGAUUCAGAAUGCUUCACUGAAAAAGCAAUUUCAUGGCUAGAGGACUCAUAUUUUAGCUGGAAGAAAGUUAAUGUUUGUUUAGAAACGUCUCAGAUUACGAAUGUAACCAUGGUUCCCUAAUUAGGGAACGAGACACUGCAUCCUCUAGGGGUUGCUAUGGGGAACACCUCGUCGUGACCCGUGUCUGAAGCAUACAUUGAAAAAACACCAAUGAGUUGGCUGGGGACAACCUCUGUCGUCAUUACUGGCGCGACUAAAAAUAGGCACAGGGAGAACACGUCAUUCACUUCUUCGUCUGAAGCUU